AAAAUGGACCUGCUAAACGAAACGGCCCGGAUAUGGGUCGCAAACCAUCCUGAUCUAGGAUGGUGUCCUGCAAGGGUCGACUCGUUGGAUGACAGCGGAAACUAUAUUGCAGUGGACGAUGAAGGCCAACAGUUCAAAAUACCACAAGACAAGGCGACCAGCGUCGACGCCAGUACUUCUAAGAAGUUAAGUUAUCUCCUGGAAGUUAAGUUACCUUCUUCGUCUUCUUCUUCUUCUUCUUCUUCAUUGAUGUAAACAAUCGCAUUAAGUUGCUGAGGUAGUCUUUUUGUUUUACUUUAAAAUUAUUCUGCGUGGUGUCUACGGCACGACUUGACUUCAUCCAUACUGCAAAUUAUUAUAACUGAUGGUACAACCGUCCGUAUGAAUUCCAAUUUUUUGUUGCUGCGAUAAGUAACUGUCUCACGAAGAAUACUGGAGUGAAAUCUAGCCUUGAAGCAUUAAUUACCAUCGCCCCUAUGGAAUUAAAAAGCUCAAUUGUAUGCAGAUGCACACGCACAAUCACCACGUUUCCAAUAUCAGAAAAAAAAACCAGGUUGCCUUUCCGGUGUGGAGGACUUACUCACGUUGGGGGACUUUAACGAAGGGUGUCUACUGCACAAUAUUCGUGUGCGGUAUUUCGAGGACCGCAUUUACACGGGGAUUGGCACGCCGAUUCUAAUCAGCAUAAAUCCAUGUAUGAACAAGCACCAGUAGUUUGUGCUUCUACUUGUUGUACUAGUAGCUUGAUUGAUGAUUAUAAAUAUUUCUUGAAGGGGAACAAGAGCACUGCAUAUUUGUUUCCUAAAAAUGAAAACAAUAGAGACCACUACCUCCGCCUCCGCGAGCGCGCCCAGUAGUGCCGCAAUUUCUGGCUGGCUACUUUGUUGUAAUAAAUCGCAAAAAAAUAAUUGCAAAAAAUAGGUGGAGAACAGGAAGAAUAGGUGGAUGGUCCGAGUAGUCUUGAAAAUGGAAGAAGCCACUGCUUGCACUCUUCAUAGCCUACCAGAAACUGGACCACCUCUAUUCAGAGACAACGAUGGGUGAAUAUUACGGCGAAGCAAUGCAGUGGCUGUGGCUCGUGCUCCACAAUAAAUGACAACCAUUCAUCCUCAAUCUCAAUCACUAUCGCGGAUGGAAAUCCUAUAGUUGCAACCUCGUUUUUCGACAAUUAAUCUCUGGGCCUGGGUAGCUCUUUGUUAGUGUUACUUGCACUUGAAAGAGCAGAUAGAGAUAAUUAGGCAACACCAACAGUAGAGACCCACGUGGGGAUGUGUAAUUGUCUAAAAAUCUCGUCGGCUAGCGUCCGUAAGAAAGCAGAAUCCAGAUGCAGCAAUCUCGCCCCACUUGUACAGUGUAGCUUCCGAAUGCUACGAUACGAUGCUCGAGGAAAGAGGCAGUCAGAGCAUCAUCGUAAGGCUGUAAAUUUCAGUGUAAAACAAGCGGCAGUUUGAAUGUUUUAAGCAAUUUACAUUUAUUUAUUUAGGAUUAGGUUUCUUUCCUGCCAUGACUUGCUUUUGUAGUUUCAGUUUCUAAUAAAAGCCCUCAUACGUCGGCCAUGUUGCCUAAUACCCUCGAAAUCUUCACCUUGGGACGUGCAUCGAUUCUUGUACUCGGCGGCGUCAUUCGCUAGUAGUUUUUGGUAGAAGUUUGAGUUUGUUUGGCCCUAUUAUGUCAAUUAACAAAAGUAGUGUUUAAGUUAACAGUGUUUGCGCCGUUUGGCUUGUGGUAUAUUCAAGACGCUGGUGCUCGGCUUCGGUACAUUUUUCUAAUCAUCAUUACCGGCGAGUCAGGGGCAGGGAAAACCGAAGCAACCAAGCGGGUCUUGAACUAUAUCGCAAACCUGCAGUCAGUGGGUGGCACGCCAUCGAAGAUGUCGGCUCGUGGAGCUCCCGCGGACUCUUCCUCCUCAGAUGAAAACUCACACAAGUUUGAAUCUGAUAGUAUCUUAUGUCCAGCAGAAGCCAACAUUUGUAUCUGUGAGAAGUACAAACGAGUUUGUGUCGUUAUUUUCCAUCUUGCUGCAGUGAACAAGAAUUCACAAGGAUAUUAGGACUUCAAGCCAUUUGUGCCCGCAACGAUGACGAGGCAGAGGCGGAGCCCUUCUCUUUGUCAUUAAGUACGUAGGUCGCGAUCGUAAAGCAGAAGAUGCACCCAGACUCGGUCUAAUUCUAGAGAAUCAAGUCCUCAAGAGCAACCCGAUCCUCGAAGCCUUCGGUAAUGCGAAAACCGUGCGAAAUGACAACAGCAGUCGCUUUGGCAAAUUCAUCGAAAUUCAAUUUGACCAGCAAGGAAAAUUGAAGUUAAGGCCUGCUCUCAGUACUUCAACUUCUUUGCUUCAUCAAAAUGGAACAAAAAGGCUUUGUUACGCCAUACGCAUACGUAGUCUGCCCAGCAAGAACAUAGACAGAAGCUUCGACUUGUUAAUCUUGAUCAGUAACUAUAGUUUGUUAUUAUCGAUCGUUGGAUAAUGACGAAAUGGUCUAAUGAGAACAGCGAAUAUCCGCAACUACCUACUCGAGAAAUGUCGCAUUACUGCACAGCAAGACAACGAGCGCAACUACCACGCCUUCUACCAACUCUGUGCGGGCGCCAGUGAUGAACUCAGUUACGAUUCUACUUAAAGUGAGGGAGUUCAUGCAGAUGUAUUGACUGACUUUGCUGGUAUUUCAAUUCUAUGAACUCGCAGUCGAAAAACUCCAAGGCUUGCUGUUCUGCCACAGGGACUGUGCCCCAACAGUAAAUGAUCGAUACUGCAUACGAUUAAGAAUAUCAUAAUCACUGCUUUAUUUCGCUUCUUCUAGCUACUUCUUCUUGAUGUUGGUGUUUCCCUUCUUGAAUCAAACGUAAAAAAUCAAUCCCAGUGUGUAAAAAUUCGCCCUGCCCGUCCCCAUGAUAGAGUUAGAGCCACUCUAAUUCACACAGCAGCUCCAUUUAGGCGACUUUAUCGCAGAGGAUUUCGACUUCGUGAGCGUUUGUCCCAAUAUAGACGCGCCAGAGCACUCAGACGCGGAGGACUUCAUGAAUGUCUGUGACUGUCUGUACCGAUUGCGAUUCUCUCAGUCCGACAUUCACACGCUGUGGAAGUGUUGCGCUGCACUACUACUGCUUUUACGUUGUGGUUGCUAAGAAGAUUGUGGUCGUGGAUGUGGGGGUGCGUAGAUGAUGUCAAUGAUAUCAAGAAUAAGGGAAUAUGGACGAAUAUCACAAUCAUUAUCAUAGCGGGCAAUAUUGAAAAUAGCAAAACAUUCCGGUCCAGCUAGUAGUCAUCUACAGAUGGAAUGGAACGGAAGGUCCUAGUAGCUAGAGUGAAGAACUAAAAGUUGGAAUCGACCUUGCGUUCAUCUUUUGGAAACGUGAAUUUCGAUGUGAUCGAUGACGACCGAGUAGAAAUCGCCGACCACGCCACUGCGUGCCCGCCGAUUUGCGAGCUCCUUGGUAUAUCUGAAACGGCUUUCCGUGGUGUAUUGCGGUCGAGGAAAUUUUUCGACCCGAUCUCGAAGAACAUGCUUGUCUCCCCACUCCGGCUCGAACAGGCGAAGCAGGUGAAGUUGAGCAUCGCGCGAGUCCUCUAUUCCCGAAUGUUCGACUGGAUUGUGUCCAGGAUAAACGCCAGCAUGCAGAUGGAGGUAGCUGCCACUGCUAGCGGGAACGAAGCAGGCGGACCCUCGCCGAGAUCCGGGCCUAGCGAAAAUGCCACUGCUAGCACGACAUCACGAGCUGCAAGACGGCCUACAGCAGCCGGUAACAAAGGAAACGCCUCAUCAAACAGUGCGCCACCGUCGACGAAAAUCGGACUUCUCUUAUGGCCCCCGACAUAAAGCUUGAUAUCGUAUUACCUCCAUCUCGAUCAGCACACUUGUAAGUAAAUGAUUAAUCUCCUUCAACGUCAACCUAGGAUGUGGGAAACGAAUGAUCUAUUAAUUUGUUUCUUGCUCGCUAAACGUUGACAUCUACGGCUUCGAGGUCUUUGACUGGAAUUCGUUUGAGCAACUAUGCAUCAACUUCGCCAACGAAAAACUCCAGCAGCAUUUCAACAGCCACAUGUUCCGCAUGGAACAGAAGCUCUACACCGAAGAAAACAUCACUUGGUCGCAUAUCUCCUGGCAGGACAAUCAGGAUGUCAUUGUUAUGUUCUACUUAGUCUUGGUCACUGCAAAGUAUACAUAGUAAUUGUGAUAGUAUUCUAAUCUUCAUCUAGUAUGAUCACAAGUUCUCGAUGAACAAGUACUCGUCUUGUACAAGAACUAUCAGAAGUGCGUAGCAGUUUGUUAUGCGGCGACAGUCAGAAUGAAUCUCGUCAUCGAAAAAUCAUUUGGAGAAGCACAGCUACAAGGAUGUUGUGUGUAGCAAGCAGCUCUUCUAAUCGCGAUUGCCUGGAAAAGAAACCCAGUGGAGUAUUCCCGCAUCUCGACAGCACAUGCCUGGGCCCGAACGCUACAGACGCGGCAUUUUUGCAAGCGCUUUAUACAAAACCAUUGAAAGCGGAUAUCGUCUACAACCCGAGUCGUCAAAAAACCGACCUAUUCUUACGGGAUACAUAGAAAACAUUAGUAUCGGCGCGCAUUUUGAUCUUUCAGGUUGACGUUGAGUCUUCGAUCUGAUAUGAUAUUGUUUUUUGGGGAUGAGGUCGACGGAUGUAAGCCCCCCACUUUCAUCAUCAUCCCAAAGUUUCAUUUAUUUUUUCCUAGGUGCAAUACUAGUCAGGAGUAGUUGAUGGAGUGCGAGGUUGUAGUCAAAGUCCCGUAGUCAUCCCGUCCUUUUCUCUAUCUAAUCCACGCGGUAGCGCACUAUGCGGGUGAAGUGAGGUACUCGGUCGAGGGCUUUUUGGACAAAAAUUUCGAGAAACAGACAGAUGAGGCGAUCGAAGUGCUGAAAGAAAGUUCUGAUCCCUUGAUUCGGAAAUUCGUUCUCGAGACAGCUAGUUCCUCAUCGACCAGUGGUGCAGCAGGAAGCGGAGGCGCAGCGAGUUCUUCAGUUACGGAUCAUGUCGUGUAGAGGCGUCUCCAACGUUGAUAACUCAAAGUAAGGCACUGAGAAUACCCAAGGCAGAAGGAAGAGCUUCUCCUGAGCCUUCCUUCUUCUAAGUGGAUGUCCCGAAAGAAUUUUUGGUGCAUUCACCGCUUUCCUUCUUUUACUAGUACACCGGCAUAUUCUAAUACAGGCGGGGCAUCGUCCUCCUCAACGGGAGGUGGGCUUCGGGGUAGCACAUUGCGGGGUAGCCGAUCUGUUGGCGCGGGGCGGGCUUCAGGUGGGGCGGCAGUGAGUGAUCGGAUCAAGGGGCCACAGAGCACUGUGAGCUCCACGUUUCGAGAGCAGCUAGAUGCCUUGGUCGCUGACCUAAACCGCACGCAUCCAAGGUAUAUCCGGUGCAUUAAGCCAAAUGCGGACAAGGCGGCGCGCACCUUCGACAGCAUUGACGUCUUAAGGCAACUGCGGUGUGCUGGAAUGCUCGAGGCAAUCCGGAUUCGUCGUGCAGGCUACAGCGUUCGCCGCCCAUUCAAGGAGUUUCUAACAAAGUACGGGCGUCUCUGUCCUGGACUUGUGGUACAAAGGCACCCUCAGUUUGAUUAUAUUUUUGCUGAUAAUUGUUCAUCUGUUUUUGACUCAUCAUGGAUUUCUCUUGAUGCUGAU